UUUGCUGUUCCAGUUGAAGAAACAAAGUAUGCCUGUACCUUUAUCCCAUUGCCCAUGGUCAAGCAGAAACACCAUAUCUACAAGUUUGAGCCUGUAAUAACACCCCACAACAUAACCUUAGUUCAUCAUAUUCUUGUUUAUGCCUGUGGCAACGCCAGUGUGUUACCCAGUGGCGUAGACGAUUGUUAUGGAGCCAAUCCAGAUUUUGCCCUGUGCUCGCAGGUGCUUGCGGGCUGGGCUGUUGGAGGAGAGUCUUACCAGUUUCCAGAUGAAGCUGCAAUUUCCAUAGGGACACCUUUGGAUCCUCAGUAUGUCCGACUAGAAAUCCAUUACAGCAAUUUUGACUUGUUACCAGGCUUGAUUGACAGCUCGGGGGUACGAAUCUACUAUACGCCGGAGCUACGGAAAUAUGAUGCGGGGGUCCUGCAAACAGGAGUCUUCACUUUCCCUGUGCAUUUCAUUCCUCCUGGAGCAGAAUCCUACAGAUCUUAUGGCCUUUGCAAUUCCAGCCAGUUUGAUGAAAUUAAUGGGAUGCUGGUUCCAGAUCUGCAUGUCUUUGCCUACAUGCUUCACACCCACCUGUCUGGCAGAGGAUUGAAAGCUGCUCAAUACCGGAAUGGUGAGCAGUUGAGGAUCAUCUGUGAGGACAAUAAGUAUGACUUCAAACUGCAGGAGAUUCGGGAUAUGAAGGAAAUCAUCAUAAUCAAACCAGGGGAUGAGAUCCUGGUUGAAUGCAACUUUCAGACGCUGGAUCGGUCAGGGAUUACUUUUGGUGGGCCAAGCACCAUGAACGAGAUGUGUCUCACAUUCCUCUUCUACUACCCUCGUAACAACAUCUCCAGUUGUAUGGGCUACCCUGACAUUUUGUACAUUGCUCAGGCACUCAAGCAGGAGGCCUCAGAUGCAGUGGAAGGAAUGAUGGCCAUGGACUUUGUUGACUGGGACAAUGAGACUGUCAAAAUUGCAGAGAGAGCAGCCAAAGAGGCAGAUCAAGUAGUCAUGAUUAAAACCAUUAAU